UAGUGUAGAGACAAAUUGAACUGGUUCACGACUAACUGGAUGUAAAGAGCUAUACUGGUUUUGUGACCAAAGCUAUAACAUUAUUUUAUAUAAAAUAUCGCUGCAGCAAGAACUGUAUCUUGUGAUGCACGUUAAAUCACAUAUAGUUGUAAUAUAACCAUUUAGUUAGAUACAGUAGCUAGCUAACAGUCAGUAGCUACUUCCACACUUGUGCUGGAUCGAUGUAAAAUAGUUCUGCUGGUUUGUGACACAUCGUGCAACUGGGUGCUGAAAAUUACCUCUCUUGAUGAGAUAUAGCAUCGGAAGAACUACAGCUGGACGUUUUAGAAAUUGUUUGACUUUUUUUCCCCUACCGGUUAGCCAAUAUAUUUGGCAAACGGAUGUGGCUGCCACCUGCUAGCUAACGUUAGCAAUUGCUUCCAGUUAGCUAUUUUCCACUGCAAAUUGGUGACAUGGCCAUGACAUGCUGUUAGCUACUGUAAUCACAGCUGUCAUUUGAAUGUCCACGUUUCCAUGUCAAUGAGAAGUAGCUAUAGUUUGCUAGAGACCCCCCACUCUGGAAUUUGGUCUGGCACUGUUCGCCACCGAGUUCCCGUCCACGCAAGCUAGCUGAUUUGUUGCUACUAUUACUACUUGUCAAGAAUAGGAGGCGGUGGCAGCUUUGGUGGAUACAUUUCUGCCUCAGCUUUAUAGAGAUCACUGCCGAGGUGAAAUACUGCAGUUCAUGUUUCGACAAGAAGUCAGUGUACUGUCUUUUAUUCCGUCUUGUUCCUACCUUUUCCAACACGAGAAGAGGAAUAUGUCUAGAUAUAACAUUUACAGUCUUUUAGACUGGUUGUAUGGCGGCGUGGACCCAAAGUUUGAAGGCAACGGGGGCCCAGAAUGUGCCGCCUUUCUUGCACCGCAACAACGUAUCAGCGAGAGUUUUGUCAUGGUUCUGAUUUCCAUCGUGGAAGUUGUCGUCGCAUUGAGAAAAAUCAACAUUUGUAAAGAACUCAAAGAGAUUUCGAAAGAUGGGCCAAGGACGAAACAGGACAGUUUCGGCAAGAACCUGUUGCUGGUUGCUCUGUGUAUGACGUUUGGAGUAGAGGUCGGAUUCAAAUUCGCCACCAAGACAGUAAUAUACCUACUGAAUCCAUGUCAUGUUAUGACCAUGGUGCAGAUCUUUCUGCUGGCCUGUCCUCCAUGUAAAACAGCCAUGGUCAUCUUUAGGCUUCAGGUCCAUAUGCUGAACGGUGCUUUACUGGCCCUUGUCUUCCCUGUGGUCAACACUAGACUGCUUCCGUUUGAGAAGGAGGUCUACUACAUCCAGCAUUCCAUGCUCUACCUGGUGCCGGUAUACCUCUUCAGGAAAGGAGGUGUGUACAAGCCGGAGCCCUUAGGGGACAUGUGGUGGGCUAUCCUCUCCACUGGCAUCUUGUUCCUCUAUCACUUCCUGUUCCUACAGGGCCUGGGCCUGAUGACCGAGGUCAACCUGAAUAACAUGUUGUGUCCAGCGGUGUCUGACCCAUUUUACGGGCCUUGGUACCGGGUUUGGGCUGCGGGUCACCAGACCCUGCUGACCCUGGUCCAUGGGAAGGCCCUGACCCUCUUCUCUUACCACACCGGCCCCACCUGCAGGUACCUGCUGGACACCGCAAGACUUCGCAGCAAGGUCGACUGAACAGACCGACAAACAGACUCACACGGAAGUAGCCUUUUUAAAUCCAAUGCCUGUUCUUACGUUGGGAUUUUCUAUCAACAUUUUUAAUGCAGCUUGUACAACUUACGUUUUUUUUUUACUGUAAAGAAUUAGGCAUUUCAGGGUGAAAUUAAACAGUUAUUAUUUUUGUGUUAGGGAUGGCUUGCAUUGUUUGCAUUCACACAUGAUGGGAAGACUGCUGGAGUUGGUAGUAGUGUGGCUAGCCAGGGGAAAUGAGCUUUUUCUUUUGUCUUGGUCAGAUUUCCUGAACCUGAGUUACUCAUGUUUCUAAAAGUUACUAUUUUUUUUAUUUCUAAAGUUGCCUUUUGUAGUUAUGUUCAGACAAAUGGGGCUAGCCUACAUAUCACUGAAUUGUCAUUGUUACUGUACACCUUAAACUCUUAAUUUGUGCUUGCUAUGACAGUUGGCCCAGGUAUGGGUCAAGUUGCCAUUUUGUGUUUGUAUUUAAGAUAACGUUAUCUUUGACAUGUUUAAUCCAUUGUAAAAGCCAUCACUUUGUGAUAUUUUGUUUGUUAGAAGAGUAACGGUUGUGAUGCAUUUGUCUCUGUCAUAUCUGUGGUCACAGCCUCUGCUGACAAUGAGAAACCUGUUCCUCACAUCUUUGCUGGAUCAAGUGGUAUAAAUGAAAGGGCUCCUGCAUCUUUGUCCCAUCUCUCCAUCACUGAUUUUACUCAACUGCAGAGGUGAAAGAGAAUGUAAGGGGCCUUUUUACAGACAAGUGUUUGUCCUGUUGGAUCAUUAUGGACGAGGGGAAUUUACAGGAAGGUAAUCUUGAUGUACAGUGCCUUUAAAGUAUUCAGACCCUUUGACUUUUUCCAAAUGUUGUUAGCUUACAGCCUUAUUCUAAAAUUGAUGGGGGAAAAAACAUGUAAUACAUCUACACACAAUACCCCACAAUGACCAAGCGAAAACAGUUUUUUAGAAAUUCUUGCAAAGUUAUGAAAUAAACAAAUACCUACAGUGCCUUCUGAAAGUAUUCAGAGUCCUUAAAUUCAAACCCUUUACUCAGUACUUUGUUGAAGCACAUUUUGGCAGUAAUUACAGCCUCAAGCCUUAAUGGGUAUAUUGCCACAAGCUAGGCACACCCGUAUUUGGGGAGUUUUUCCCCAUUCUUCUCUGCAGUUGUUUGAUCGGGUAAAAAUCUGUGCUCUGGCUGGACCACUCAAGGACAUUCUGAGACUUGCCCCGAAGCUACUCCUGUGUUGUCUUGGCGGUGUGCUUAAGGUUGUUGUCCUGUUGGAAGGUGAACCUUUGCCCCAGUCAUAGGUCCUGA